UAAGCUAGCUAGCAAGUUGCAAAGAACUGGUUUAGCCGGUUCUUGCUUACUUCGAUCUGCUUUUGGUUUGGUUGACGGAGUACUAAGGGAAGAAAAUAUGAGGACGCAGAUGCUCAUCAGGAUCCACGUCACCUCGGAGAAGUGCUAUUCCAAAGCUAUCAAGGUGGCUGCUGGAGUCACAGGGGUGCAGUCUGUAACGAUCGCGGGCGAGGACAAGAACCUGCUGCUGGUGAUCGGCGUCGGGAUCGACUCCAACCGCCUCACCGAGAAGCUGCGCCGCAAGGUCGGCCCCGCCGAGGUGGUGGAGCUGCGUACCAUCGACCACCACCAGGAUGGAUCAAACCAUCACGGCGGCCACCACCAGCCUUACCGCUACCAGCCGAACCAGAACCUGUACAAGCACGAGGCCGCUCGCGACCUCCACUACUACACCGGGGGCUACCAGAACGCGGCCGGAGCGUACGGGCAGGACUACUACGGCUACGGCGGCGGCGGCUACCAGCAGGGGCAGUACAAGCAGCACGACUACUUCUACCCUCCAGGGAACACGCACACGGUGGUGCACCACGGCCACAACGGCUACUCCGACGACAGCUGCUCCAUCAUGUAGCAACAGCGACGAGGUAUACCGUGUUAGUGCUAUGGCGAUUGCAGAAUCGACUGGUGUGUGUGUCAGCACUCAGCACUCAGCAGUUACUUCCCAAAUCCAUGUAAAUAUUGUACAUUAGCUCAGCAACCUCAACCUGCGUGCGUUUCAUGGUUGUGUCUGUGAAUAUACGUCGCUCCCAAGCGUUCCAGCUAUGUACGUUGUGAAAUGUAAGCUAAGUUCUACUCUCUUAUUAGAACAGAACGUAGUAGAUUCUGUAAUUAUAAGAUGAACAAUGCUCCCUUCCUA